ACGCUCCGUUCAUUGUGGUAUUGCAACCAUGGCGACUGUAAGCAAUAAUUGUUAUGCGGACCUUCAUAUUUACUCAGAAUCAGUGGGACCCGAGCAUAUUUAUAAUUCUCUAAAACGGGACAAAAUACCCCAUACGCCGGUUACAUUAAGCUGGUGGGCAUUUCAUCGCAGGCCAUUUUUUCAAAACUCGAAAUUCGCUUUUAUUGUUGGACUUGUUGUUAUACUAGUGCUUGCUGCAUGUAGUGUAUCUAUUGGAUAUUUCAUAGGUAAAAAUGCAUGUGAAAAACGUGAUAGAAAUAAUUUCCAUCAACAUGACGAGUCUCGCUUCACGGAAACAACACAAAUAUCAACUUUUACUGAUAUUGUUUCCAUACAAAACACAAACAAAAUUACAUCUCAAAAGAAAGCUACGACAACUGAAACAAUUCGAACAUUUAAAACUAAAACAUCUGAUAAAACAACAACUAAACCGAGGCCGCCCAUUAGAGUAAAUCUUAAAGGAAAGGUGUUCAAAAUAUACGCAAAGGAAAACGAUCAAUUUUGGCAUUUUGACGGAGGUCAUCAGGUUCUGAAAGUUGUAUCGUCCUUAUGGCAACCGAAUGAUGAAUUUGUAAAGUUUACUUUUGAGAAACAGACGGACGGAUCAUACAAAAUAAAGUCGCGAUCGGUUUCCUUUCCACGAUACAUGUACGAUGGGUAUGGUGUUCCUGGUGCACGUGGUGUAUAUCUUAAUGGUGAUGACCGAACAGACGACGAUCAUAUGCGAUACUAUAUAACCAUGGAAACACAAGGCUUCUACAGAAUUAAAACAAAAGCAACGAAUCGGUACGUUAGGCUGGACAAGGACAAAUACGUAUCAUCCAGAUAUAAUUUAAGAGACGACAGGUCGUUGUUUAAGCUCGUAGUGGUGUAAAAAGUGCCAAAUAUGUAUAAAUUUAUCAUUAAUUGCUGUUUGCAAUCAAUUUUUCAUAACACAUAGAAUCAUUUUAUUCUUUUAAAGCAGACAAUUCUUUUAAAAACGAUGGAAAGAAUACCGCCAUGAUGAAUAUGAUAACUUGUCAAUGAAAUGCAUAAAUCUGUUACAAAAUAUUUUUUGUAUGUAGAUCUAUAAGUAAUAAAAUAAAAUGACAAAA